AUGAAUGGCAUGUUUGAUAGCAUCGAACUGAAGGAAAUCCUUAAACAUCUUGCAAUGACUAAAGAUGAUUUUCUUCACAUGUGUAUAAUAGCUGGGUGCAAUUAUCUCCCCAAUAUCAAAUGUGUUGGUAUCAAUAAGGCCAGGAAAAUUGUCUUGCAGGAGGCCGAUGUAAUGAAGGCAUUACUAACACUUAAAUAUGUCCCUGAAGGAUAUGCAAGUAGUUCUAGGCAGGCAAAAGCUGUUUUUCUCCAUCAAACAGUGACAGAUGUAACAACUUUCACAACCAUCCCUUUGGCAGAGUGGGAUGUUGGAGAAAAAACAGAAAGUCUUCAAAAGCUAUGUGGAAAGUAUCCUUGCCCAAUAUAAAGUCACACAGACAAUAUGUAUUGUUUUAUUGUUCACUUUGCUCAUUAUGUUGAUGUAAUAUGUCAAGUAAUCCUGACACCCCAUAUUUUAUUGACAUGUAUUUUUAAAUGGUUAGUUUGCAGUUGAAGAGUCAUGUUGUAAGAGCCACCAAUUAUAUCAACAUUCUCACAAGUGCAUAGAGUAGUGUUCCCCUCCUAGCUGCCAUUAACUGUUUAACUGUAAUGAUGAUUGUGAAUUAUCCUUAAAUCAAACAAGUUUACUAUCUAAGGAGUAUUCUCUGAAUCUAGCAAUUGGGAAUAUUAAUCCAGAACAAAUGGAUGCUGUAUUGAAUACCUUUCAGCUCUCAACACAGGUAAAAAUUGUAUGACCAAAAGGUAACUUAGAUUAGGAAAUGUACCAAAGAUGCUGCCUAUACCGUACAUCAUUUUUAUAACGCUCCAGAAACAAAUGAAAUAAUGUAACUUAUUCUUAUUCAUAGAAUGAGUCUAAUGGAGAUGUGAAUGUUACAGUGGCACCCAACAGUGAGCCCAACCUGAGCACCCAAAAUAAUGGUAUGUUUAUUUUUAUACAUUUCUCACCGACUCUUUUUAGCCACUGACACAAUGGUUUAAAAGAUAUAAUCAUGAGGAACCCAAAAUGUGCCCUGCGUUAUCAUUUUAUUUUAUCCAAUGCCAGACAAUUUUAAUGGUAUUUCUUGUAAAUUUUUGUUAGAUUGUAACUCUCCUGAAAUGCAGGUCACUAUUACUUCAAUGGGGGAAGCGUGGUUCUCAUGGAUGGUUCCCUCAUUUCCUGUCUUAUCAAUAAGCCUGAGGAAAAUCAAGUUUAGGUGCAAUGGUGAAGAUUAUAAUGGAGUGGUGAGCAAAGAUGCAAAUGUUAAGCCAGGACAAUACACAUGUACAAGCCACUGCAAAAUUAACAUCGACAAUGAAGAAUACACUGUGUUGUGGGUUGUUCUUUCUUUUUUGGUAUGUUGUAGUUUGGAACAAGAUGCCGAUCAUUCUCAGGAAGAAACUGAUACAGAUUUUGAAGGCCCACAUACUCUUCCCUUCAAAGUUAUGGGGACUUGUUACUGUUCUAGCAGACAAGACAUCCUAGAAAAGGGCUACUUGAACCUGAACGAUUACAAUCGGCAUGUCUAUGCUAAACUAGAAGAAGAACCAGAGAACAUAACAGACAAUGAAGCAAUUGCUGUGUAUAUUAGUGUUGAUGAUUGUGGCGAUGAAUUUCAGAAAGUAGGGUAUAUUGCAAAAGAAUUAACACAGUAUUUAAAACCUAUUUUUAAAAAAAAUGGAUGUUUCAGUGUGCAACAUUCGCUUUUGCACAACAUAUUAUAG